AUGCCCGCCGCCGGCUAUAUCAGGCGCAUGUUGCGACCUUGGCUCGUCCUCCGCCCAGCCAAAUUCCCCGAUGAUCGCCUUGUAUUGCCCAGGGUCACGGGCGAGUUUAAUAUGCGCCCCUUUCUUCAUAUCAAUUGGUCUGCAAGGAUGCGGUUCUUCGGUGCCGCCUUGAAGGGCUUGACCCUUUUGGCGUUUGGCAGCUCUGUCCUGGCCGCGCCUUCGAUCGAGAGACGCCAAGAUGAGGGGGACGCCGAGGCUGGCGGCGACAUGCACUGGGUUCCCACCUGGGUGUCCAUGCCCCAGCUUGUAGAGCCCAACAACCUGCCCCCGCGCCAUUCCCAGUUCCAGGGCGCGACUCUCCGUCAAACCCUCCGCAUGACGGUCGGCGCGGAGAGGAUCCGAAUUCAGUUCUCCAACACCUUUGGCACCUCGCCCCUGCCCAUCACCGCCGUCACCGUCGCCCUCCCCACCGGAGGAGCUGCCGGUGCCUCGGUUUCCGUUCCCGCUGGACAAGUCAUCUACUCCGACCCCAUCGACUACGCGGUCGAGACCGGAUCCAUGCUCACCGUCUCCAUGUUCCUCGAGAGCGGCCAGCAGGGUUCUAGCAUCACCGGCCAUCCUGGCAGCCGUACCACCUCGUGGAUGGCCAACGGAAACGCCGUGAAGGAGGCGAACGUUGCUGGUGGAAACACUAACCAUUGGUACUUUGUCAGCGGUGUCGAGAUCUGGGCUCCCACUGACACCGGCACCUGCAUCAUCCUCGGUGACAGCAUCACCGACGGCCGUGGCAGCGAGGAUAACAAGAACAACCGCUGGCCCGAUCUCCUCUUUGACCGCCUCCAAAAGGAGGGCGUCACCAACGUCGCUUUCGGCAACCAGGCUGCCGGCGGUAACGCCAUUCUCAGCGGUGGCCUCGGCCCCACUCUCCUCACUCGCUACCAGCGCGAUGCCAUUGAGCAGCCCGGCGUCAAGUACGUCAUGAUCUUCGAGGGCGUCAACGACCUCGGAAACGGUCCCCAGGACCAGGGCGGCGCCAGCGGCCUCGCCGACCGCAUCAUUGACGCCUACAAGAAGAUUAUCGCCGAUUCCAAGGCCAAGGGCUACAUCACCAUUGGCGCCACCAUCACCCCCUUCACCGGCCAGGGCCAGUCCUACGGCUCGCCUGGCCGCGAGGCUGCUCGGCAAAAGGUCAACGAGUGGAUCAUGACCUCGGGCGAGUUUGACCACUCGGUCGAUUUUGCCGCCUUCAUUGGCCAGGGUGACGCGCUCAAGUCGCAGUUUGACGGCGGCGAUCACCUCCAUCCCAACGUGGCUGGCUACCAGGAGAUUGCUGACAAGUUCCCCAUUGAGAUCUUCCAAUCUUAA